AGGGGCUCAGUUGUUGUCGUGCGUUAGACAGCCGCGCAUCUCGUGUACUCGCGGUCUCGUCCCUGGUCGUCGUCCCUACUCGUCAUUUUCGCACUGCCUAUCCAAGGGCAGUAUCGCUGUCCGAAACUUGGGUUUCAAAAGAGAGAGAAGACAGGACAGAGUCAAGCUGAGUGCAACCAGUGCAGUCGCCAUGAGUCGAAGCAGCAGUCCCCAGGUCCGCGGCAUGGAGUCCUGGCUGACGGACGUGAAGCGCGUUCGGAUCCCCCGGCCCAAGUUCGGGUCGCGCUGCCCCGCCGAGCCCCCCAAGGACUACUGCGAGGAGGACAAGACCAAGCGCGGGCCCCUCGACCUGGCCGCCCUGGGCAAGGCCACCGAGGACCUGCGCCGCGCCAUACAGGACAAACUAUGAGCGGCUCAGCAAAUCAACGAAGAUUAAAAAAAAAAGAAACAGGCUGUGCUCUUAGUUUUUAAGUUGUAAAUAGGACCGUCUAUGUAUCAAAAGGUGUCGAAGGAAUGUCAGUGAGCGGAGUGACGAAAGGACAGCCCCUCGGCAGGAAACUAGUGACUGACUCAUGUCGGUUCGACGUCGUUUUGGAAAGAGAACGUUUUAAAGUGUGAUGGCUGCGAGCUCCCCAUGAAGACUUUGCUGUCGUGUAUUUAUAGUUUUAGAUUUACUUUUGUAUUUCUCUCUAGACGCCUCAUAGGGCGCGCAUUAUUGUAUCUAGUUUACGUUCCACAUACUGUCACUCCAUAUGCGGCUUUAAAUAUUCUGCUCAUACUCCCACAAAAGAAGAAAUAAAAUAUCUUUUUUAAAAAUCGGGAAAUGAAAAGUAAAAUCUUUGGAAAACCACGAAAGAAAAAGAACCCUGUUGACAGUCUACUUACCAUUCGAGAGUCGUCGAAGCUGUCAUCCUGCAGCCUGGUGAUGGAACCGGAGAGGGAGUUUUCGGGGCUCGAAUGUCUUCGGCCGCGCAACUUUUCUCCGUCCAGACUGCCGUAAUCCUGGAGAAAAGGUGCAAGUUUGCUUCAUCAAAGCUCUGCGACCCGCGGCGCGAGAACGGACAAUCAAUCGGUAUGUGUCUGGCAGCCGCCAUAAAUUUGCCCAAAAUGUUUCAUUUUUCUGUCCCAUUUUUUUCUUUAAGAAGUUAAAUGGAGGUUUAGAGCUCCUGCUGUGUAAAAACAAAAGA